CAAGUUUCAAUUAGAAGUGGUGAUUCGUUUGGUCCAAUAAUUUACAAUGCAAGAAUGUGUUUCUAUUCUACAAGCAUGUUUCUUAUUUUGCACCCUACAGAUAGAAUAUUUCCUAUACAGUCAUCUCACACACUAUUUUCAGCCCUUUGUUUUCAAUAGUAUAAACUUAUCAAGGUAUUUUUUCAGCAACUUUAUGCUUUCAAUAUCUUUAGCUUUUAUUUGCAUUUGUUUAAACAAAGUUAUUAUUAAUUUUUAAUUAAUAAUUUUGACUAAUAUCGUUCUAGACCGCUUUGCUGUUUGUAGAAAAAAA